AUGGCUGGAGAACCUGCAAACCCAACUGAACUUGGAGAUGAAGAGGGGAAGUUGAGUGGAGACGAAAUAGACGCCAAACCUGACCGCAGAGGGAGAUUUCUACUGUUUGGUAAGAAGAAUAAGGAUGGCCAGACGCGGGAGCAGGACUACUCUUCUGAAAGCCAUUACAGAAUUGUUUCACCAACAUUCCAGUAUAAGAUGAGCCACCAACGAGUGGGAAAGUGCAUCAUCAUCAAUAAUAAAAACUUUGAUGAAAAGACAGGGAUGAAUGUACGCAAUGGGACGGACCGAGACGCGGGUGAGCUGUUCAAGUGUUUCAAGAGCCUGGGCUUUGACGUCUUCAUCUACAAUGAUCAGACAUGUGAGAAGAUGGAGCGUCUUCUCAAAGAGGCCUCGGAGGAAGACCAUAGUGACAGCUCGUGUUUCGCCUGUAUCCUGCUAAGCCACGGUGAGGAAGGCAUGAUCUACGGCACAGACGGAGCCAUGCCAAUCAAGUCCAUGACCUCGCUGUUCAGGGGGGACAUGUGCAAAAGCUUAGUCGGAAAGCCAAAACUCUUCUUCAUCCAGGCUUGUCGGGGUUCUGAAUUUGAUGAUGGUAUACAGACAGAUUCGGGUCCGCCAAACGAUACCCUGGAGACUGAUGCUAAUCCAAGACAUAAGAUCCCUGUAGAGGCAGAUUUCCUCUUUGCCUACUCCACUGUGCCAGGGUAUUACUCAUGGAGGAACCCUGGGCGUGGCUCCUGGUUUGUCCAGGCGCUCUGCAAUGUCCUCAACGAGUUUGGCAAGCAGCUGGAAAUAAUGCAGAUCCUGACACGUGUCAACUACAUGGUGGCCACCAGCUUUGAGUCCUGGUCUGAAGACCCACGCUUCAGUGAGAAGAAGCAGAUUCCAUGCGUGGUCUCUAUGCUGACGAAAGAACUGUAUUUUAACUGACCGCCACUCUGACUGACUGUACUGUAUGACACCACAGACUGACCGACUGACUGACUGGACCGACCAGACUGACUGUAUCAGGCACCGACUUAGCGGCCAAAGCAUUCAGGGAUGAUUCAGGCCCAGCAGGACACUGCACAUUUAGAGCACGUAUGACAUUUUGCAUGUGUAGCUGGGCCUGAAAAUGAGCACUCCGUGAGAAGAGAAAAACAUUUACAGUGACACUCCGCGUUCAUGUGUUGAUGGUGAAACUUCCUCUUCAGGUUAUUCUUCAGAAUAAUGGCGUCACAUUGAUCUGAUCUUUGUCGACAGGCACUGUGAAAUAUCCAUGUUAUUCUACCAACCCAGAAAAUUUGCUGCCAGUUUUUUGUGGGUUUGGGGAAUCAUAUCUGAAUAUGUGUUUCACCAUUUUCCAGCAUUUGAAACAGAUGUUGAAAGGAACUGUACCUAGUGGACAGGACUGUUCAAGGCAAAGCUUGCUUUCAUUGUCUGGAUCAGGGUUUCUGAUUGACUGAGAGUAAUCUCUCCAGAAACACAUAAUGAACCCAUCAAAGGCAGUCCUAUGUCCUUUGUACAGUGUACAAUACAAUAACUAACUACUAACCAAAAUUAAAUUAGAAAACAAAGGACAGUUAAAUGUUUUAAAUGAAUUGUUUGACAAUUUGAAAAAUGUGCUUAUUACCUUUAUUGCAGAGUUCGAGAAGAUUGAUGCCACUUUCAUGUUUGUACAGUAAAUAUGAAUCUAAAGUCAGCAGCUCAUUAGCUUAGCUUAGCAAAAAGACUGGAAACAGGGAAACAACUAGCCUGGCAAUUUCCGGGGGUUACAAAAUCUGCCUUCCAGCACUUCUAAAAGCUCACUAAUCAACAUGUUAUAUCGUAUAUUUAUACUUAUAUUUGAUCUGGACAAAACCUUACAGCAAGUUGUGGAUUUGAUGUGAUAAUUAGUAAGGUUUAGAGGUGUGUUUCCAGUCUUUGUGCUACACUGUUGGUUGUAGCUCCAUAUCCCUUAAUGCAUGAGAGUUACCUUAAAUCUUUUCUUUCCAACUCAGGGGAAAUAAGCGUACUUCCAAAAAUGUCAAACUAUUCUUUUAAAAGCCUUUGUGAAUGAAUGCUGUCCUUAUGUUUUAUCUCAGGUCAGUCUAUAGAAAUCUCUACUAGGAAACAAAUUAGAGUGAUUACGAAUCCUAUGUUUGCCAUAUGAGAAAUGAGGGACCUGCUUUGAUUAACAGCCCUGUCUGAUGUGGAGGCAAAAACAAAAAACGCAUCUGGAAAAUGGAUCAGAUCAUUUUCAGCUAUCUGUGUUUUAAUGUUUUCAGCUGUCAAUCGUCCAGAAAAGAGGCAAAAGAAAAAGACAACACUCCUCUGAGCACAAACUUCAUGAUGCUCUUGCCAAAGGCGCAGUGUUUCAGCCUUCCUAGCAAGUUUAAGUUGGUAGCAGCAUGCUGGCAUCCUCAGGUUCUUUAAUGUCCCAUGAAGUGGGUAAAUGUAAUGUUAAAGAAUUUCAUAUAUGUAUGGCUAGGAAGGUCCAAUCUUUUGCUGUGUAAUGCUUAGUUCUAUGAGAUCUUGGGUCAAGUGCAUAGUAUAUAGUCCACCUCCAUAAAAGCAACGAUCAUUUGCAAACUUUGCCAGUUUUCUCAGCGUGAUGUUGACAACUUCACUCGCUUGUUGUUCAAGCCUGCAUAAGUGAAGUUCAUGUAAUUGCAUAUGAUCAAAACUACGCAUUUGUCUUAUUAAUAGUCAGGGUCCAACAAAUCAGUUUUAUGAAUUUCCCUUUUUUUAAUCCUUAAAUUAAGACAUUCCUCUUCACAACUGUAUCUUUAGCAAAGAAUAUGAUACAGAUUUUAGGAUUUUUACUCCAGAUAGAAAACUUGAGAAUGUCUAAAGCUGUGUCAUACAUUUGGGAAAUAUCAUUAUGUAAAGCUGGACGGGAGCCCAAAGCACAAAUGCCACAUCAUUUCACUGUAUAUUAGUGUUGUACAUUGUCACACUUUAACACACACUACACUGUAACACACAGUAACAGGUAAUAAGCAAUGUCUUCCUACUUAAUUUAAAAAUUGAGCUUUGAUUUCGAUUAAAGUAAAAACAAAAAACAAUUAGAUUGCUUUGAUUUAUUAUUUUUAAACAUAUUGCCAACUAUUUCUUAAAAUAACAUUGUAUUAUUUAGUGAAUGAUUUAUUGUCAUUGAGUUAUUUGAUAAAAACUAACAAUAUAUUUUUUCAAAUGAAAGACAUUUGCCAUUUUGUCAUUACAGCUUACAUAAAGUUUGUUCUUCAGAUACGCUGUGUCAUUGUCCUUAAGUGUGUCAAUCACAGAGGCAGCUAUUACUGGUGGUGACAAGUCUGAACAUACACAAUCCACAUGUCUACAAUACACACUCUCACUGUUGCUGCAAUGUUUUUACAUUAUUCACAUGACUGCAUGCGUCAGGAACUUUGGGGAAAAGUUCAGCAAUAGCUUUAAUUUGUCAUUUUCCCCUUUUCACUAUUUGUAUUUUUUAUCAGUCACUUUUUUAUUUCAUAGCACACUUAUAUAAUAUUUAUUGGAGCCAGAGGUGUGAUCAAUACUGGCAUUUCCCAUUUUAACCAGUGCACUUGUCCAAUACAGACACAACUCUCGAAUCCUCUCGACACAUGGAUCUCUGAUCAGUGAUGUGGUGCCCAACCUGUGCUGAAAGUAGUGUUUGCUCCACUUGUUUUGGAAUGGAAUUGAAGGAGGGAAAAAAUUAUUUUUAGAGGGUAAAAUUUUAAAUGCUUUCCGGUGUUAAAUGCUGUUGUCCUCAGGAAUAUAUUUGAAAAGAUUUGGAAAAAUGAAUGAAUGCAUUAAAUAGAAAGUAUAAUCUGGCCCAAUUUUUCAUUUUGGGGCAAUAAUACCUUGUUUAAAUAAUUUCGAAACAGAGGAAUGCUUAUGUAAACAUUUUAUUGUAUUAAACAUAAAGAAUUUAUUGUGUAAUGAGUUGUGUAAUUCUUUUUAUCACCUCCCCUAGCAUAUAUGUGAUCAAAGAUCACAUUGAAAGGCUGAUAUGAUGCUUGACAUGGUAAAUGAAUACACUGAAUAUUACUAUCAAAUAUUGAAGACAUUA